AUUUUCCAAAAAAAUAAUGAAUAUUUUAAUUUUUCAAUUAAUAACAAUAUUUCUUUUGACAAUAAGAAAUAAUGAUUGCGCAAUUUGCGAUUUCUUUCAUCAAGAAGAUAAACAGUUAGCAACAAGCACAUAUGUUGUUAUUUAUAAUAUAGAUGAUAGAGGAGUAGACUAUUGUAAAAAGUUAUGCUAUUAUCUUGAACUUUGCAAGAGUUUCUAUGUUGAUAAACAGGAUAACAACAAAUGUUAUCUUUCAACUGACCAUGCAGGAUUAGGAGGAAGUCAGUUACCUCAAGUCAUUGGUUAUGAUUAUUAUGAAAAACCAGAUGUUUGUGAUACUCCACAAUUUGGAGACACAAUUACCUAUACAAGUUAUCCUGAUCAGCUUGGCGGAUUUACUUAUCAUACAGUUUUUAAUACAGGUGAAGCUGACUGCAAAAAACUUUGUAGCAUGCUCAGUGAUUGCAAUACAAUUAGUAUUGUAACUUCAAAUCAGAUAUGUCACAUUUUCAAAGCAACCUUUGAUGAACUUACAGAUCGUCGUCAAUCAGUAGGGGAUACUACAUUUUCAAAAAUUGGUGUAACAAUUGAACCUUCAUUGGAUCCAGGUAAAGAAUGUUUGUUUAUUUUCAAACCCAAAUCAAUUAAAUAGUUAUCUUCAUUUAAUCAUUUAACAUAUAACAACAUGCCACAACAUUAAAACUGCAUGUAUUCCACUUACAAAAAGUGUCAAAAAAUUUAGGGUUUGGAGUAGCACUCUCACUUAGGUUAGGGUUAGGUUAGGGUUAGCAAAAGGUUUUUUUUGACUAAAUCAAAAAAGAGAAACAGAAUUCUCACACUUCAAGAGUCCCAAUUGUUUUUGGGAAGCAGUCAAAGAAAAAAUACACCAAAAUUGACAUUUAAAACAAUUUCCAAAAGAAAAGAUUUUUUCAAAAAAUUUUCAAAAAAUUUUUUUCUGAAAUUUUUUAUUAUUUCCUACCUACACGACCUACCGUGGUUUUGUCCCCCUCUCUCUUAAAUUUGUAUAUCAGGGACUCUUCAGGGUCUAAUAUAAAGGAAUGAGUGAGAGGUUUGAGAAUCUUAAUAAAAAGCUUCUCUCCAGAUUUUUGAUUUAUUUGUUUGUUGAUAAAGAUUCUUGUGGGGUAAAAUUAUAGAUAAAAAAUAAAAAAUACAAAAUACCUAAUAGUUUAAAGCUUUUAAAAUAACAAGGUAUAUAGAAGGAAGAAUAUAUGGGCUUAGAUAAAAUGUGAGAUUAAAAGAAUAGUAAGUUGAGGGGAUAUAUAUCUCCUACCAGUUGGAAAUACAGAAAAAAUAAAAAAUUGAAGACAUAAAAAAUGUGGGAAAAAAUAAGUUGGGUAAAUAAAUAGCAACCAGGAUUUGAAUAACAAUAAAAGUUGAAAUUUAUGCAGGUAUAUAUAUAUAAGAAACAACAUUAAAUUCAAUUCUCUGAUUGGCUAUUCUUGUUUGAAUUAAUUAACAGUUGUUUGAAUAUUAUCUUGUGUUUUAUCUUAUAUGUUUGGAAUGCUAAUUGGAUCAAUAGACAGGUAGAUAAACAAAGGCAUAGGAAAGUAUAGCGUAGUAAGCAACUACAAAGCACAAACAAUAGGACUAAAGUGUCUUUGAAGUCAUAUGAAAGGCGGAAACAAAAAAUAAUUUUUUUCUAUAUUUUGUAAAGUCUGAUUGUAGAUUCAUAAUCGGUGGAAAAUUUCAAUGAAAAUUGAUAUAUAUAACAUAGAAUUGUGAUGAAAAAUAAGGACUUUAGAAUUUUCACCAAAAAAUGGUAUAAAUGAUAAAGGAGUGUUGUCUAUAUCAAAGGUUGUGACGGAAUAAAUAUCAUUAAUAUGUGAAUAUAUACAUGAAAAAGAAGCAAAAGAAAAA